AUGGUAUUCUACGACCUGCUCCCAGCCGAACCGCCAAAGCCAAUAGCACUGGACCCUGAUCUGGCAUCAUACACCUACCAACCUCUGGAGUCUGGCCGCCAUAUCAGACUUCUUUCUAUACACAGCGAUGUUGUUGGCGGACCCUUACGGUUUCGGCUGAUCCACCACCCUCUUGACGUAGUACCCCCGUACCAAACGCUAUCUUAUACUUGGGGGAUCGGAGCUCGCGAUCUUGCGCUACCCAUUGAGACUGAAGGUGGCACCUUGCUGUCUUUACGAAUCACAGACACCCUGCGUAAAGCCCUACCAUUCAUAGCGAAGGAAUGCUACACCGGCCUGAUGUGGAUCGACCAAAUCUGCAUCGAUCAAGAUGACAUUCAGGAGCGGAAUUCGCAAGUAGCCAUCAUGGCGGACAUCUACUGCCAAGCUGAAAGCUGUGUAGUUUGGCUAGGUGAAGCUACAGAGUUCUCGCGACUUAUUCUCAUCAACUUGAUGAUCUGCGCACUACCCAACACGGGAGAUUAUGAGAUCCAGGACGCCGCAUGGACGAGGUUCGACAGCCAUGCAAGCUACGCGCAACCUCUCAAAGUGAGACAUGAGAUCAAGAACUUCAUGCGAGACUUCCCUGCCGAAUAUGAGGUUGCUUCUCGGGCAGUUCUGCAGGCGGUUGUYGAACUUAUGUCAUUCGAUUGGUUCACUCGCGUGUGGAUUCUGCAGGAAGUCAAGCGAGCGAGAAAAGUGUACAUGUUGAUUGGCAGUGAUCUAUGGGCACCCUGCCAAAUUCAUCAACUUGUCACAGCUGUUGAUAGCAUAAUACGCGGCGACAGGAUUUACGACUAUUCUCUCUGGGACUCAACUCCAGGAUGGCGAGUGUUUGAUUUCAUGGCAAACUAUCAAGACCACACCCAAUUCCAGCGGACUUUCUACGGCAUACUCACCAGCAUGCGCUACCUCAAAAUCAAGGGUAGACUGCAUGCCACCGAUCCGCGAGACUUUGUCUAUGGCAUACUUGGAUUCUGCGACGACUUGGAGGAGGUACAGAUCAGACCAGACUACGCAUUGAACACGAUUUUGGUCUACUCCAUCGCAGCGAGAAAGAUUCUUGCACUCGAAGGAGCGCUAGAUAUGCUAUUGAUCAGUGAUGGUGUCAAUCAUGCAGACGGGGACGAGCGUGGCGAUGAACACAUAAGACUCCCAUCGUGGGUUCCAGACUGGUCCAGUGCAUAUCCAGGAUUUCCACUCCAUACCUUACAAUCUCGAAACGGAGCCCAAGAACCAUCGCAUGUCUUUCGCGCUUCUGCUGGACGCCGGUAUGUGCCGCGCUUGGAUGAUAACCCCGCCGAGCUAAAGGUACAAGGCAAGAGGAUCGGAUCUGUACAAGUUGCUUAUCAACCGAGACAUGCUCGAUUCGUCACCAGUUGUUUCAACUCAGCCAUGCAGUCUGCCAACUACCCCAUACCUUUCGCUGCUUGCUUGAGUCGUUUGGAGCGAAGCAUGAAGCGCAGAGGUGUAGUCGUCAAUGACCGCAACUUGAUAAAACUGAUGAUCUCAGCGGAUCAAAACCAACACUACCACGAACAAUACCAAAGCUAUGAAGAUGGUUCCAAGCUCAGUUUCUACGAGCACGUCGAUCAGGUCGGUCAGGUCUACUUCCAGCAUCGAGAAAAAGUAACGGUUCGAGAAGCCGGCGAGAUACAGGAGAAUUCGACGGUGAUGUAUGAAGACCUUACAGAGGCCGAGCACGAAUUCAUCUCCCGUCUGGAACGGGAGCAAAAGCUCCUCGGAGGUUCGUCCGACAAAUGUGCGGAUGCUGUGAGGCAGCCGCUUAUUGAGCACCUCUUUGUGACUUCCAGUGACAGUUUUGGCGGUUCCAAUCACAUGCUAAUGGCUGACGAUGUCAUCUGUAUUCUACAUGGUCACGAUUAUCCUGCGAUACUGCGACAAGUUGAUAGUGAGCAUUACAAGUAUGUGGGAUCCUGCGUGCUGGAACAAGGCAUGUUUGGAGAGCUGGUAGACUGGCAAGAGGAAGACGCAGACACGUUUAUCUUGGUGUGA